AAUCGAAAGGUUUUUCGGUCUUCCCUCCUACAUUAGUACCAAUACUCUCUUCUUUGAGGAACAAAGAAGAAAAGAGAGAAAGAGAGAGAGACCUCCCCUGCUUGCUGCUGGUCUCUUCUUCCUCACUUCUCUGAUCAUCCUUUGAUAGAUUACCCAGAAGCAAAACAUCCAACAUGUCUCUGGGUUAUGCGGAAAAGCUCUCCUUUAUAGAAGAUGUCGGUAACGUUGGAAUGGAAGAGUUUUUUGACAAACCUAUGGUUCUUCAGGACAAAAUCGAAAAACUUGGCUUAAUGAUAAAAAAGAGCAAACAUUUGGUGGUGUUUACCGGUGCUGGAAUAUCAACUUCUUGUGGUAUACCCGAUUUUCGUGGUCCAGGUGGUAUUUGGACUCUUCAGCGGGAAGGGAAAUCUUUGCCUGAAGCUUCAUUGCCAUUUCAUCGUGCAAUGCCUGGCAUGACUCACAUGGCUUUAGUUGCCCUUGAGAAGGCCGGUAUCCUGAAACUAGUAAUUAGUCAGAAUGUGGAUGGUCUCCAUCUUCGUUCUGGGAUACCAAGGGAAAAACUAUCGGAAUUGCAUGGGAACUCCUUCAUGGAAAAGUGCCCUUCUUGUGAAGCUGAGUAUAUGCGUGACUUCGAGGUAGAAACUAUCGGAUUGAAGGAGACACCACGACGUUGUUCUAAUGUUGGUUGUGGCGCUAGACUUAGGGACACUGUUCUUGAUUGGGAGGAUCCAUUACCCAAAAAGGAAAUUGACCUUGCUGAAAAACAUUGCAAAAUGGCUGAUGUUGUGUUAUGCCUUGGGACAAGUUUGCAGAUCAAACCUGCAUGCGAUUUGCCCCUCAAAUGUCUUCGAGGUGGAGGGAAGAUUGUAAUUGUGAAUCUUCAGAAAACUCCAAAGGACAACAAAGCAAACAUACUUAUCCAUGGAUUGGUAGAUAAGGUUCUUGCAGGUAUCUUGGAACCACUCAAUUUACGGAUUCCUCCAUUUGUUAGAAUUGAUCUUCUGCAGAUUACUAUCACUUAUGCCGUGAGUUCAGAUAAAAGACAUAUCAACUGGACUCUGAGGAUCACCAGUGUACAUGGAAACCGAGCUCCAUUGCCAUAUGCAAAGUCGGUUGAGGUUUCAUUCAUGGAAGGACAAAACAUGAAAGACGCGAUUCUUGAUAAACAACCAUUCUUCAUUAAAAGGAGAACAAUAAGGAAAACACAACUUUUCGACAUUCUGAUCAAACUCAACCUCAUUGAUGGAUGUGGGUCUCCCUUCACCAAGAUUACUGUUCCUGUAAAUUUUAAGGUUCUUUCGGAAGAUCUCCAAUGCGACAAAGAUGCCAUCUUUGAGGAAAUGAAGGAAAGUGCCAUCAAAGGUCAAUGCUGUGGACAGAAUGCGGUUAUUGAGAGGAGAAGAAGCUGCGUACCACUGAAAAGUGAGACAACAAUCCAUGCGGUUGUAACAAAUGUAGUUUUUCAUGACAAAAGUUCCUUCUCGAAUGGAGCAUCUUCUUCGUUGUUGAGUAACGAAAUGGGAAUGGGGAAGAUGGAAAUGGACAACUGGAGUGGUGGAAAGAAACGUAAGUCGCGCAGCAAGCGAAGAGAUACAGAAGGCGAAAGUAAAGAGUGAAAACAUAGAGCAUAGCCUAGGCUGUGAAUAUCAAUAGACUUUUGUUCAUGAUGGGUAUUGAGUGAAUUUUGGGUUUUUUCUUUUUUUGCACUCAGUUUCUAAAAGAAAGUCAAUGGUUGGGAUUUGGUAUUUAAUAGUUUUGGGUAUGCAGCAUUUUAAGGCUUCAUUUAGUGGGGAUCAUAUGAUAUUUUGAUAACUAAAGAUACAAUUUUUUUUGUUCUGA